CAUAGUUUGAAGAUUCUUCUAGCAUACUUGCUGAAGAGCAGGUUCCUGUAAAAUAUGCCUGGAUUUGAGUAAAGCAGCAUAUAUACGUACUGAUCCCAUGAGAGCAUCCAUUACCAGUCCAUAUUUGUUCCUCAUGUGUGCAAUCCUGCUAGCUUCCACUAUAUAUCAACAGUUAUGUAGUGACACUUUUUGGUUUGAUCUGCCAUCCUUUUCUCAGGCUAUUUUAACCCCAUGAGCACGUACACUUGUUCUUCAGGAAGCGUAACUGCUCAUCUUACCACCUGGAGGCGCUGGAGCCAGACAUGGUACACAUAACACAAGUACUACUAGCUUCAUUUUCAGUCCAGCAAAAGUUGGAACCAUCGCAUCCUGAAUUCUUGUAUCCUCUCUUCAUGGUUAUUCGUACUUAUCAGCAGCAGCAGGCGGCAGCGCAGAGGAGGAUGGUGGCGUCGAAGAAGCUGAUGAAGGUCGGGCCAUGGGGCGGCAGCGGGGGAACCCCGUGGGACGACGGCGGGCACACGGGGAUCCGCAGCAUCACCAUGUGCUACGACCACCGCUGCGUAGACUCCAUCGCCGUGGAGUACGACCAGAGCGGCAUACCCGUCCACGGCGACCGGCACGGCGGCGCCGGCGGGAACCAGACCACCCAGGUGAAGCUGCGGUUCCCCGACGAGCACCUGACGGCGGUCAGCGGGCGGUACGGGCCCGUGGCGCAGGGCGGGGCGGCCGUGAUCCGGUCGCUGGCGUUCAGGACGGACCGGGCCGCGUACGGGCCGUUCGGCGCCGGGCCCACGGCGGACGGGGGGACGACGCCGUUCGAGUUCGCCGUGGAUGGGGGAGUGAUUGUGGGGUUCUGUGGGAGGAGCGGGUGGCAGCUGGACGCCGUUGGGGUGUACUUGGCGGCGCUCACGCCGGAAACGGUCUAUCAUAAGGUUCAUAAGCUCGGGCUCAUGGCUUACCGCAAGGUCAUGCACCGGCUUGGACCCCCGGCGGCGGCGGCGGCAGAGGGGCAGGAGGAAGAUGGGAAGGCGGCGGCGCAAGUGCAGCAACAGAACGGCGGCUCUGUUCAGGCGAAUCGGAAGUAACCAGUAGCGGAAUGGCAGAUUCAAAACCGCGUUCUGACUUUUGGUUUAUAAGCGACAAAAACAUCAAAUUAGUUGUUUUCGGUUUUGGUUUUGACAUUUGACUUGAUAUUGCUAGAUGAUGGUAUAAGCAAAAAAAUCAAAAUCAAAAACAACUAUUUAGGUGUUUUUGUGGCUUCUAAGCCAAAAAUCAAAAGUCAGUUUUAAGCCGAACCAAACAAGGCCUUAACAUUAUUAACAUGAAGCACAAGAGUUAUGUACAUACUCCGUAGUGAAGUACGCCUAAUAUAUGAGGCACCUCACACGCGUCCGAAGAUCAUCAAUUUGACUAUCAAAACAUUAAUUAUAUGACGUAAAAACCAUAUCAUUAGAAAAAUUAUUUUUUAUGAAAGAUAAUUUAUAUUUUACUAGUUAAAUUUGUAAUCACAAGUUAAAUUUGUAAUCUUGUGAUGCGUGCGUGCCUCAUAUCUUUGGACGGAGGGAGCACUCAUUUGUCAUACGGAGUAUAUAUAAACUUAUAACUUUUCA